UAUCUCAGAAUCAAACAUUCAUUCAGAACAUUGUCACUCAGCCUACAUUGCUGACCUUGACAGAGAAAUCAUGAAGUCGCCUGCUGUCAUCCUGAUUGCCUGUGUGCUUCUCUCACACGUUGAAGGCAUGGCAAGUCCAAUUCCCGGUGACCGGUGUCUGUGCAUCGAUGAUGGAGUGAACUUCAUUAAGCCAGCAAACAUUGAGAAGAUUGAAGUGUAUUCACCGAGUUUUUCAUGCCAGAAAAUGGAGAUCAUAGUCACAAUGAAGAAUGGAGAAGAAAAGAAGUGUUUGAAUCCAGAGUCCAAAUUUGCUAAAAAUUUCAUCAAAAAUUCCCAAUGGAAAAAAAGGAGCUUGAAGAGAACUGCGGCGUAAAGAUCCACAAGAGCAACACAAGAAGCAUCUCCUGUAACAGUUAUUGGCAGAGGACUAAAUUUGUUCAAAAACAUUCCUUAAAAUCAAAAAUAAAUAGGCUUUAAUGAACAUUAAACACUUUUUAACAAAGAAAAAAAUGCAUGUAACAUUUACUGGUAUCGAAAACUAAGAAUGGAAACCUUUUACCUUUACUUGAAAAAUUAAAAACCAUUCCGUUAUUUUUCCAUUCCCAUUUUUUACUUGUCUUUGUAUUAUUUUCUGUAUAAUGUAAAAUUUUAUGUUUCAAAUUAUGUAUUUGCUGUGAAUGUGUUGAUAAAAAAUGUAUUGUUCAGUUUCACAUUAUAAUUGUUCACGUCUAAAAAUAAAGUGUAUAUUUACCUUAA